AGACCAAAUGGUGUUUAACCCGGAGAGAUUUAAUUUGUGAACAUCCUGGAACUUAAGUCUAUUUACCUGGGCACCCCCCUCUCCCCAAACCUUGGGUGUUACAAAUGAAGAAGGCUUGAGAAGUGAGAGAAUCAAGGAGCCAAACAGGUGCUUUCUUCAGAGCCUAACCAAAAGCUUCCAGGGAGAAACGCCCUCUGCUCUUCUAGACAAGAAAUCUCCGGCUGCCCCCCAUUCCACACUGCCAGCGGGUCUCAGUCCAUCAGAGGAUCCGGGAGCCACCAUCUGUGGUGGUCGCGUGUUCCAGCCCCGGCUCAGCCCGUGGUCUCAGCAGCGUUGGGCACCCUCGCUUUCCGCCACCAGCAGCAGCACGAGCAGCAGCAGGACGAAGAACAGCAGCAGCAGGAGGAACGGCGGCAUCGCGCGCCCUGGCAGGGGGAGGAUGGAAACACCAGCGACGCUCUGAGCCCCUCAGGAAGAUAACACCUUUCCCGCCACAUCGCCCCGCGGUCCUGCGGAGGCCACCCCUUUGUCCCCUCCACGAGUCCAUCUCCCAGAGCCGGGCGGAGCGGAAAAGCGAGCGAUGGCGGAUAACCUGAGGAAACUGGUCUCCAACGAAUCGUUACGAUCCCUGCAGGACAAGCUGGAAUGCUGGCUGAGGGAGUACAAUACGAACUCAUGUGAUCAAAAUCUAAAUCACUGCCUCGAACUCAUUGAACAAGUUGCCAAAGUGCAGGGACAACUCUUUGGGAUCCUCACCACAACAGCCCAAGAAGGAGGACAUUAUGAUGGUGUGGAAACAAUCAAAUCACGCCUUUUGCCUUGGCUGGAGGCCUCCUUUACUGCUGCUUCCCUGGGAAAACCUGUCGACAGCAAGGUCCCCUCUCUACAGGACACGUUUGAUAAGGAGAGACACAAAGAGUCUGGUUUUCGGGAUCGGGACUUACAACAAUUAGACUCUGACUUGAACUCAACACGUAGUCAACUCAACCAGGUUCAAGACGAUCUGGCUGAAACUGAAAAGACUCUUGAAGAAACCAAGAACAGAUCGGCCAUAUCCCUUUUGGCUGCAGAGGAGGAAAUAAAUCAGCUAAGAAAGCAGCUUAAAUCUCUUCAAGCCCAGGAGGACUCCCGCCACAGACACUCAGAGCAUAGGAGCUCAGGGAAGCGGGGCUCCGAGCGUAAGAGAGUGGAGCUGCGGGACUCGGAGCCGAUGGGCGCCGACAGACGGAAUGUAGACCAGCGCAACGCAGAAACGAUAAACAAUUAUGAGAAACAGCUCCGAACGCUGAAGGACGAGAUAGCUGUUCUGUCUGCUGAAAAAUCUAUACUCCAAGGAAGGUCCGCCAGGAGCCGGUCUCCUAGCCCUGCCCCUCGCAGCCGCAGCCAGAGCCGCGGCCGCAGCCAGAUCCACAGCCGCAGCCACAGCCGCAGCCGCAGCCGCAGCCGGUCCGCCAGCCCCUCCACCGCAGUCGCGAAGGUCAGGAGCCCGUCCCCGAAUCGCGCCAAGCUGUCCAACGUGGCGCGCAAGGCUGCCCUGCUGUCCCGCUUCAGCGAUGCCUAUUCCCAGGCCCGCCUGGAUGCGCAGUGCCUCCUGCGGCGCUGCAUCGACAAAGCCGAGACGGUGCAGCGGAUCAUCUACAUCGCCACCGUGGAGGCAUUUCACGUAGCUAAAAUGGCAUUCAGACAUUUCAAGAUCCGGGUGAGGAAAUCGUUGACACCGUCUUAUGCGGGGUUGAAUGACUUUGAGGAUGCCGUCUCGGAUUAUAUCAUUUGUCAUCUUGAUCUGUAUGAUUCCCAAAGCAGUGUUAAUGAUGUGAUCCGAGCCAUGAAUGUCAAUCCCAAGAUUUCCUUCCCUCCUGAAGUUGACUUUUGCCUUCUCAGUAACUUCAUCCAGGAGAUAUGUUGCAUUGCCUUUGCAAUGCAAACUUUAGAGCCACCCCUAGAUAUUGCCUUUGGGGCUGAUGGAGAAAUUUUUAAUGAUUGCAAGUACCGCCGCAGCUACGACUCUGAUUUCACGGCUCCCUUGGUCUUCUACCACGUGUGGCCUGCUCUCAUGGAGAAUGACUGUGUCAUUAUGAAGGGAGAAGCUGUUACCAGGAGAGGGGCUUUUUGGAAUUCAGUGCGAUCUGUAAGUCGAUGUCGAAGCAGGAGUUUAAGUCCCAUCUGCCCCCGUAGCCGUAUUGGUUUAAGCACGAUAUCUCGAAGCCGGAGUCCUUCUCCAAUAAGAUGUGGAUUACCAAGGUUUUAAAACCACCAGCCAUGCUCCUCCGCCACAGAACACCUGCUGCUGCCAACUGCCCCAGUGCCCUACUGCCUGCUGUCUGCCUCAGACCUCACUUAAGAUAAUGUGGAAGGGCAAUGCUGUGUAUCACUUCGCACAGACAGUUAAAUGUUUUGGCUUAGCACAUCUGUAAUUUCAGAUAUACUGCAUUUUAUUUUAUAGAUACAGAUUCCAUUAAUUUGAUAAAAAUGAUUGCAUAGGUGUUUAGGAUCAUAUUCAUUUGAAGCAAAGCCCAUCCCACGGGCUCAGGAGUCAGCCUGAACUACGAGGCUCUUUGAUGGCAGCCGCACGAACUAAAGUGGAAAGUCUUUACCGUGCUGAGUCCAAAAGACCCGAGGAGUCAUUUCAGCUUACAAACUGAUCAUAAAUAUGAUUGCUGGUACUAGCUUUAACCUGAAAACAAUCUUGGAUGUUUAAACUUUCUUUUAGGGUUCAGAAGACAGCCCCAGUCUCAGGUUGGGGAACUCACUGCGACUUCAGGCUAAAUGUAGGUGAUGAUGCUUUGAGACUAUUGGCUGGCUUCUGUUUUCCUACUUUGAAGUGCCCAGUUAGGUUGGUUUAGUUGAGCACUGUUUGUUGAGGCUACUUCCUUGAGAGAAUUCUCUUGCUUCUUAAAUGCGGAGCAGUGGUUUGGAUAGAAGCCGGCUUUGACAUAAUGUUAAUUACCUUGUGCUUGCCUCCUGGGAAUGUUUCAGACAGUUUUAAUGUACGUGUUAAAUAUAAAAGCUACCUGGGCCACAUCCUUUACCUGUUCCACCUAGCUGUUUACAAACUCAGACCUCCUCCUAAGAACUCUGUCUGACUGAAAACAAAAGUACUUAAACUCGAGGUUAGAAGCUAGGGUCACCAUUCAUGGAUUUUAAAUUGAGUGUCUAACCUUGAUUUCUUCACUGUGAAGUACUGUUGAAAACGUUCAAGUUCAAGAUUAUAAUGGAAUGUUGCUUUCUCAGGAUAAAUAAUGCUCUUUCUACUUUUUUUCCCCCACUUUAAUACUGGCUUUAAACACCAGCUUCACAAGUGACAGCUUUUGCAGUGUGCCUUUUACAGCUCAGUUUGUGUAAGCUCAGUGUGAGAACCAGCACCUGGGACUUUUUAGGAGAAAAUAAACAGAAAAACAAACAAACAAACCCCCCCCCCAAAAAAACCCCCUUCUCUGAAGCAUCUUGUCUCUCGUGCUGGGACAUAGACACCAGGGAGAGACCCCCUCCCCAGUCUCUGCCCCAGGUCUAAUGGUCACCAACUCAUUUUAAAUUGUUCUCCCUCUGCGUCUGUGUAGUCUUCACUUUGAGGCAGGGCAGCAGCAUGCUGGAAGGAGAACUCAGUGCCCAGGCAGCUCCAGUGCCAACUUGGGCAUCAGCUUGCUGUGUGGCCUUAGCAAACUGCUUCACCUCUCUGAGUCUCACUCAGUUUCACUGCAGAGUGAGGAGGGUGGCUGAGAUCAGUAGUUCUCUCAACCCUCCCAGACUCAGUGCCCCCCUUUAUAACAAACAUUUUAUUUUGGCUAUUCUGAAAUGAAAUUCAAAGUUAAUAUGAUCUACUGGCAUAUAUUCCUGUAAACAAAGAGUAUAGUACUCAAACUGUAAUAUCAAGCAGAAAAAAGGGAAGGCAGUUUUUAAUAAAAUAGAAUGUAUUUUCAACAAAAAAGCUUGGCUAUAACUAUUCUAGAAGAUAAAAUUAAGUCAUCAGAUGCUUGGAUAUAGAAUUACCAGCUACAGAUGCAGAUCAGUGUGCAUUGUACUGGCAACAUCACAAACAUUGUUGUCAUGGGAUAUGAUUUCUGAAAUGGUGAACAACCCUUGGUAAAGUUUUGAACAAAAACUUACAUUUGUGCCUUGAUUUACAUAGUAAGUGCAUUCCUGGAAAUUUUCCUGUAUAUUAAAACCAUAUGGCAGGUGUGGGUACAGCUCAGUGGUAAAGUACAUGCUUUGCAUGCAUGAAGUCCUGGAUUCAAACCCCAGGACCUGCAAUGUAAACAAACAAACAAAAAUCCCAAACAAUUAUUUUGUGUUAUAUGUUAAAAUGUCUUUUCUAAAAUCUCACUAAAUAAUGAGAAUGCCUACAUAUCAGACUUUUUCUGGGGGAAGUCAAAUGUGGGAAUGCACCCUGACUGGGAAAAAGGUCACACUGUACUUGGUUUAUUUGCUCCGUCCCCUUGCCAUUUCUCAAGUCUCUGACUUGAACUGUAACCACACAGGGCAUGGCAGUCCAGAAAAAUCUGCAAAACCAAAGGAGGCUGACCUAUACUCAUUUCACUGGGCAUGCAUCUUAACCUUGGUGACUUUGAAAAAUGAUAAACUCUUUCUUUGUAACCUGGUAAAUGUUAGUUUUUGUCCUAUCGGUUUAACAUCUAAUAAUAAA